AUGGCUACCAAAGCCCAGCAUGGCACCCGCGGGCAAAGCUGCCCCCAGCACAUCUCCGCUGUCGCGCGCCGCGUGCUCGCGCAGCCGGUCUGCGCGUCGGCGGCCGAGCGCAACAGGUCCGUCUACGGGGCAAUCAAGACGACGGCGCGCGGGCAAAUGGGCCACGCCGUCGCCGACAAGCGCGUCUACUGCCACGAGGCGUUCCACCUCAAGGGCAAGCUUCAGACCGCCGGCUACAAGCAGGCGGUCGAGAAGUGGGACACCGACUCCGACUCGGACAGCUCGGACGAGGAGGACCUCAAGAUGUGA